AUGAACACGGGUGCGGUGGUCGGGAGCAGCAAUGCCGGGAAUGAACUUGGAAACGGGAGUGGAAGCGGGAGUGGAAAUGGAAAUGGAGGUGGGAAUGGCAACAACAGCGAGUCUGGCGGCGGACCGCAGCAGGGCCUCGACUCGCUGUCGCUCCUGCAGCUGCGGCGUCUAGCGGCCGAGCUGCCGCGCAACGAGCCGGUCGCGUACGACUACGUGUAUGAGGACACGGGCAGCUUCGAUGAGGAGGUGGACGAAUGGUUCUCCUACCAGAUCUGGCAGUGGGUUCGCCUCAACAACGCCCAGCAGCACUUUGAGGCUCGCUGGGAGCGUGAGCGCGUGGAUGCCGGUCGCGACCUGGCCUGGGAGGCCGUCGAGCCCGACGUGCGCGAGCGCUUCGUCGCCGGAGCCCUGGCUGUCCUGGCCGAGAACGAGACCAGACAGCGCCACCGCCACCGUCCCGAGGCCAUUGGCGUGCUGCUGUACGUCGUCCUCGGCCGCUGGGCAGCCACAUGUGGUGGUCCGGCUGCCGGCGCCCGGAGGACCCCGGCAGUUCGCACCGUUGCCCGCCAGCGACAGCUAGACGCCAUUCGCGCCGGUGUCGCCCUCGUGGCCAAGGUCGGCGGCGCACCCGUGCUCUGGGAGGCGCUGCGCAAGGCCUUUGAGCCAUUCUGGGGACCCGAAGACCCCCAGCAGCUGCCCUCGGCCGUCUUCCAGGACGCCCAGGACGAGUUGGCAAACCUCAUGACCAUCGUCUACGUGAUGAUGCAGGCAGUCCUGAGCAGUCCUCUGGACCUGGCGGCCAGCUACGUCAAGCUAGUGAGCCUGGAACCGCCAAUACCCGACUUCAUGAUGGCCGUGGCCUCCCGGCUGCGAUGGGACGACAGCACGGUGAUUCCGCAGUGCCAGGUGUUUUUGCUGCUCUGGAAGUCGCUCCUGCUCGUCUUUGGCGGCUCCCGGGAGCUCGCCGAGACCAAGAAGGCCACGGCCGAGUCGACGGCCGACGCCGACAAGGAGAAGAACCUGAUCAUGGCGUCACCGCUGGACUACCAUGCCUUCCGGCAGGAGAUCACAUCCAAGUAUCCGGCCUACAUCCCGCCCCAGCCGCUGAUCCCGCUCGAGGACGACAGCACGACCCUGCUGCCGCCGCUGCCGAACCAGGCGUCUGCGCGCAGCAGCGCAGCCGGUGGCGUUCUUUCGGGGCCGCCCAGUGCCCACGGCGGCGCGUCGAUUCUCAACCAGCCGGUGCACAUCGCCACGCCGGCACCAUCGCCGCCGCCGUCGCCAGCCGCCGCCGGCAAGGGUGUCAAGAAGCAGAACUACCAGACGAACCAGAACUUUCCAUUCAUGUACCCGCCUCUGGACGCGACCAGCAAUGGCGUGGGCGGCAAGGGUGCGGCCGCGCUGCAGGACGUCCUCGUUGGCCGCAAGUGGGAGGGCAGCGACGUGCCGUCGUCCAUCCUCGAGGCCGGUGAGCUGUUCUCGAACCGCGUGCGCAUGACCCGGGCGACGCGCCAGCUGUGGGAGGAGCGCGAGCGUUUUCUCAAAUUUGAGCGCGGCUGGGACUCGGCCGACGACGACCUGAUCGAGGAGCUCGACCUGUCGUCGCUGACGCUGGCCGAGAAGGAGGAGCUGGGCCUCGUGAAGCCGAGCGAGGUGCCGGCUGCCAAAAAGGACGAGUCCAACGCGGAUCUCGGACCCCGGCCAGAGGAAUUGAACGAGCGGAUAAAGCAGCGGCUGGAUGCACUUGAGGAUUUUUAUAGAGAGGCUCUGCCACACCUGCAAUCCCUGGUCAUUGUCCUGCUCAAGACUGUCUUGAUGAACGUGGCCGUUCUCAUGGCCCAGGUACCCCAGAGCCAGCAACAACAUCCGGCCGCAACAGGCGCAAACGGCCGGGGCAACGGUGGCACGGAAGGCAUGGAGCAGUCGGCCGAGGAGAUCGACGCAGCUCGGACGCGGGAGAUUAGCAGCAAAGCCGUGUCGGGCAUCCUACUGCUGCUGCUCAAGUGGCUGAAAGUCUCACAUGUCCUCAAGUUCGAGUACCUGACACAGCUGCUGCUCGACUGCAACUACGUGCCACUGCUGCUGAAGCUGUGGGCGCAUCAGGACGUGCAGCAGCUGGUAGACAGCCGGACAGACCGGGUCGAGAGCGGCUUCUUCUACUUCUGCAACAUCCGGGCUGGCGCACCAGAGCAGGACGGACCGGACGAGGAGGAGGACGAAGGGGACGCAGAGGAAGAGAGAGACGGGGAAGAAGACGGGGAGGAUGAGGAGGAGAGCGAGGACGAGUGUGCGCCACCGGCGAUCAAGCGGCAGCGAUCACCGCAGCAGGCCGCCGCAGCAGGACCGACAUCGACAGCCACGGCAGGAGCAUCGACGAGCGCCGAGGCGUUUAGCAGCCAGCUGGGACGGCGGCUGGAAGUGGAUGAGUUCGGCUAUCCGAUUGGCGACGUGGCGGCGGAGCCGAUCACAGAGUUCAACCGGCGCAAUUUCUUUUCGCUGAUCAACCUGCUGCGGGUGAUGCAGAAGAUCUGCAAGAACAAGGCGCACCGCAACCUGCUGCUGGUGCACUACAAGUCGUCCAACAUCUUGCGCAAGAUGCUCAAGGUGCCACAGCCAGAGCUGCGGCUAUACACGCUGAAACUGUUCAAGAACCAGGUGCCGUACUGCGGGCGCAAGUGGCGGCAGGGCAACAUGCGCGUGAUCACGGCGGUGUACCUGCAUUGUCGGCCAGAGCUGCGCGACGAGUGGCUGGCCGGCAGCGACGUCGAGGGUGACGUCGAGAGCUCGCUGCCGCUGGAACAGGCCCUGCGCAGCCUGACCCACUGGUUCAACGUGCGGCGGUAUCCCGACAAGAUGGCGGCUGAGGUGCGCAUGGCUCUUCGGGAAGAACACGACUUUUUUGUGCGGGAGCUGAAGCUGGACCUCAACUGGACCGAGCUGGCCGAAGGGGAGAGCGUGAUGGGCGAAUGGGAAGGGUAG